AUGGCCAGCGCCGGGUCAUCGCCAGAGCCGCUGCACGUCGUCAUUGUCCCGUGGCUGGCGUUCGGCCACAUGCUCCCGUACCUGGAGCUCGCCGAGCGGCUGGCGUCGCGGGGACACCGCGUGUCCUACGUCUCCACGCCGCGCAACCUCGCGCGCCUCCCGCCGCUGCGCCCGGCCGCGGCGCCGCGCGUCGACCUCGUGGCGCUCCCGCUCCCGCGCGUCGACGGCCUCCCCGACGGCGCCGAGUCCACCAACGACGUCCCCGACCACCAGCGGGAGCUCCACUGGAAGGCCUUCGACGGCCUCGCCGCGCCCUUCGCGGAGUUCAUGGCUGCCGCGUGCGCCGGCGAGGCCACCAGGCCUCACUGGGUCAUCGCCGACUGCUUCCACCACUGGGUCGCCGCCGCCGCCGUCGAGCACAAGGUUCCAUGCGCGAUGCUUCAACCGACCGCUGCUGUGAUCGCUGCCGCGUACCAGCCGCCACCGGAGCACGCUGGACCGGGCGCUGCGACCCGCCCCCGUUACGAGACGGAGGAGACGGCACCCAUGUACGACGACCAAGGCGCGUCGGGUAUGUCCACCGUCCAGCGUUGGUACUUGACGAAAAAUAGGUGCGCGCUCGCGGUCAUCCGGAGCUGCGUCGAGUGGGAGCCCGAGUCCUUCCCGCUGGUGCCAGAGCUCCUCGGCAUGCCGGUCGUGCCCCUCGGCCUUCUGCCGCCGUCAACCGGCGGAGGCCGCCGUGCGGACGCCACCAACGGAUCAGCAGAGCACGCCACCGUGCGUUGGCUGGACGCGCAGCGGCCCGGUUCGGUGGUGUACGUGGCGCUGGGGAGCGAAGUGCCGCUGCCCCUGGAGCAGGUGCAGGAGCUAGCCCUCGGGCUGGAGCUCGCCGGGACACGCUUCCUCUGGGCUCUCCGGAAGCCCAGUGGAGCCGCCGUCCUGGACGACGGCGCCGACAUGCUUCCUCCGGAUUUCCAAGAGCGCACUCGCGGCCAGGGGCUGGUGACCACGGGGUGGGUUCCUCAGAUGAGCAUCCUGGCGCACGCGGCCGUGGGCGGGUUCCUGACGCACUGCGGCCGGAACUCGCUGAUCGAAGGGCUCCUGUUCGGUCACCCUCUCGUCAUGCUGCCCAUCUUCGGCGACCAAGGCCCGAAUGCGCGCCAAAUGGAGGCGAAGAAGGCGGGGUUGCAGGUGGCGAGGGACGAGAGCGAUGGGUCGUUCGACCGCCAUGGCAUCGCGAGCGCGGUCCGGGACGUCAUGGUUGACGGGGAGGCAAGGAGGAGAUUCGUGGCAGGUGCAGCGAAGAUGCAGGAGGUGGUAGCUAAUUCGGAACGGCAGGAGCGGUACAUUGACGAAUUUGUGCAACACCUUCGAUCUCACUGCCGCUACUCCGUGAACAAUAAGGGAAAAUUUUGUGUUUGACACUUUCAUGCCACAGCUACUGUAUUUUUGGUUUUUCAUUCUGAAGGUGAGGAAACACUGAAACUGUAGCCUAUGUGGUGUAUAUUUUUCGCUCAGAAUUGUGAAAAU